ACGCCACAGUCGACGUUGCCUUUGCGUCAUCAUAUCGUGAACAGCGCUCAAACGGGGAGAACGUGCGAUGAAAUAGUGUGCUGUUAGAAACAUUUAUUAUUUUUUUUCUCAAAUGUUUCUAAUAUUGAAAUCAUAAAGUACAAAGUUAUAGGAUAGGUCCUUCAUAAAAUACGCCGCCAUCAUGGCGUCGGACGAACAAUUUUCACUAUGUUGGAACAAUUUCCACGCGAAUAUGUCAGCAGGCUUUCAUGGCCUGCUGUCGCGUGGGGAUUUAGUUGAUGUAACGUUGGCUGCUGAAGGCAGAUUAUUACAAGCACACAAACUAGUUUUAUCAGUAUGUUCUCCCUAUUUCCAAGAAAUGUUCAAAAUGAACCCAACUCAACAUCCAAUAGUAUUUUUAAAAGAUGUUAGUCAUUCAGCGUUAAGAGACUUGUUACAAUUUAUGUACCAAGGGGAAGUUAAUGUUAAGCAAGAAGAAUUAGCGUCAUUUAUUAGUACCGCGGAACAACUUCAAGUGAAAGGUCUAACCGGUAAUCAAAAUGAAGAAAGUUCCACGCCAUCUAAACCAAAGCCGACUUCAAGGCCAGGCCCGAGGUCGUCACAACAAAGGCAAUCUGUUAUGACUAAGAUAGAGACUGAUUUAGAUUCUAAGCCCUCCUCAACUCCAGUAGCAGUUAAGCGACCAAAUAGGCCAUCAAUAGCAUCAAAUAAUUCGUCAUCUUCACAAAGUGGACCUGCGAAACGGAAAUGUGUCGAUCCAUUAGAAGCUGGACCAUCUGGAUCAGCGAAAGAAGAAUUCGUCACGAUACCGGAUGAGGACGAAAACAACGCUGUAGCACCGAAAAUGGAACCCGAAUUUGUUAACGAAAGUAUGUGGGAUGAUGAUGACGAUGGCACGAAUAAUGAUGAAACUAAUUUCGGCGAAGAUGACUCUAAUAUGGAUAUGACUGGUUUUGAUGGCUCUGCGACAGGAGAUGGCAAUAUAACUGGAGGAGGGGAAGGUGGAGCUGUAGGGGAUGCACAAGCGCGCUUCAUCCGCGCGGGCAAGGGGCGGCUGCUGCUGCACCGCGGCUACACGUUCCGUCUCAAGAACAAUUUGGCGCACGGCCGCAAGCAGUGGUACUGCUCGUCGAGGCUCACGUCACGCUGCCUCGCCGACGUGAACACGGAGGGCCCCGAGGGCCACGAGCGCAUCGUGCGCUCGCGCUACGCGCACAACCACGCGCCGCCCAACGUGCGGCGGUUCGCGGACGGGCGCUACGUAGUGCGCACGCCGCACCAGAGCGGCCACCGCGCGCCCGCGCCGCUGGACCCGCACCACCAGCUGCUGCAGCUGCAGCACGCGCUGGCGCUGUACGCGGCCACGGCGCACGCCACGGCCACGGCCAACGCGGCCGGCGCCGGCGCCGCGCCUCCUCCCGCGCACCUCUCGCCCAACGCGCUGGCGCCGCCGCCGCAGCACGCGCCCUCCACCAAGCCGCUGCUCGUCGACACCCCUUGUAACGAGGAGGACUAACUAUCACCUGAACCUACGAUUUUACCGACGGUCGACAUUCUCUCGGCUGUCAUUUAUAAAUUUGGAUAGUGUGUUCGUUCACGAUUUAUAAUUAUAUAGCGUACACGAGUUCAUUAAGGCGCAAUGAUGUUUAUCGAUCAGCAGAUAUUUUCUAAAAGCCUUUUGGCGUACGAAAUGUAGCAUAAUUUAUUAUUAUUGUAGGGUAAUCUUAAUGUUAAGUAAUAAGGGGAUAAGGUGUCGUUUAGUUAAGAUUCAGCGAUGGCUAUUGUCGGGAUGCAUAAUGGUAAUGUGGAUGUAUGUUAAAUGUCAUUUGAAUCGGGACUAGAUGUUGUGGUGUGUUGCAUGUUACGGCGACCAGUGGAGGGAACAGGACGACCAGUAAAUGGAAACGAACACGUCGUGAAGUAAGUAGGCUAAGCGGUCUCUUCGAGAUCUAUAAACUUAUCCAUUCUAGGUGUGGGUUAUUUAUCGAAUCGAAUAAGGAUGUUAAAUGUGUAAGAACUUUCUGAAUGUGUAAUGGUGUCAACUCGUAUUGAUGUCAAGUUUAGAUAGGUGGUUAUUAUCCGGGACACGGCAGAAUUUAGCGUUUGGUUUAGUGUUGGCUCAAUCGAUCCGAGAUGCAUCAUCCAGGACACUUAGCGCUAGGCGGACGGAGACAAUACUAUGCAAGCUGGUUGCACAGGCGGACAGGCAGGACCGACUUCCACGUUAGGGACAGUCGCGAGGGAACGCUCAGGAAAGGUUCGGCGGCGCAUGCGCGCGCUGCCGACUACGCGUUGGUGACUGAUAGGGAGUUCUAUGGAUCAAAGCAAUACGAUAUCCCACGACUGUACUUAGAAAUACUUAAUUUAUUUUGAGAGUUAAACUUUACAAGUUUCAGAUAUUGCUACUUAGACAAUUAGACGUCCGCCUCCUUAAUCUAUAAGAAUUAUACUGUAGUUAUUGAAUAUAUCGUAAUAUUCGGGUACCUUCGGUAGAAAUGCUCGACUUUUGCACGACAUUAGUCGAGGCGCGCAGGCUACACACGGUUGUUGUGCUCUUUAGGAUUGAUUUUAAGUACUUAAGCUCAAUCAACUACCUCUUCACUUUUUAUACGGGUUUUACAGAUUAGUUUAAUUAUACAAUUUUAUACACGAAUAAAUACUCACAAGCUUUACUCGAGUAAGGUGUCUAGGAUAAGUGUAGUGUAGCGUAGCGUAGAGCGCGUCGGGGCGGCGGGGCGGCCGCCGCGCAGGGUCCGGCGCGCGACUUACCUCUUAUUGAAACUCAACUACCUCUUUGCUUAGUUUUAACUUGUACUCGAUCGUUCACUGUUGACGACUUAAUGUAAUUAAUGGGCUCUUAUUGAGACAGUUAGCUGGAUAUAUUUUAUUAAUUGUUUCGGUGAAUAAUUGAUUCGUUGCUCGUCGAAUUAAAUGUUUCAUGAGAUAGGCCGGCUUUUAUCUACGACUAUGAUUUAUAAGUACAAAUUUUUACUAAUUUUAAUUGUUAUUUAGAUUACUUAGUUAUUAUCGGGUCAUUGUAUGUGUGUGGAAAACUAAAGGAUCGAAUUUUUGUAGGUGUUAUGAUAGAUCAUGUCAAGUCUAGUAUAAAAAUAUUCAUAGUCAAACCCGAUCGUUGGAACAUGCACAAAUGAAGCGUUUCGAGCAGUAAGGACGGAAUAUUGAAUAAACUGUAUAAUGGACACUGCACGCUUAUAACGUUUCAUUUGCAA